GACACGACUGAAGCGACUUAGCAGCAGCAGCAGCAGCGGAAGGUUAAGGAGCCUGGGGAAUGUUAGGGGAAAAGGCAAAUUCAGGGAACACACCUCUCUGCAGAAAAGAUAGAUGGUAUUGGAAGAAUUAGCUAAGAACUGGUUUCAGUCGAAGAUGAUGAUGCUGGUAAUAAAAACUUUAAAAUAUAGGCGUUAAACAACGGGUUCUUCCAUUUCUCUCUCUCUCUCUCUCUCUCUCUCUCUGUGUGUGUGUGUAUGUGUUUAAUCUUCUCACUGGUUGGACUGAACUAUUUCUGACCUUCCUUUGUGGCUAAACUAGAUGUGAUUUGAUCCUUUCCAGUUCGAAGGAUUGUAGCCAUAUGGGCUAUGAAAUUCCUUAUCUCCCUUCAAGUGAUGUACUUUUUCCCCCUACCCUUUAUUUUCACGCUCUAUUUCUGCAUCUUGUGUACAAUAGGAACCAUGGUAUUCAGAAUUGUCUGGAUGACCAUAGUUCAUUUCCUCUCCCUGGUCUAAAAUCUAGAUUCAGAUGUAAUGAUACUGCUUUCAAGGAGGUAUAAACAGGCCUUGCAAAUAGGAGACAGAACUGUGCCUCGAGCUUUGCUUCUUUGGUAAUUUUAAAGCACUGGCGAGAGUGACUUCAAGUGUUUAAAACAAAGUAGUCUGAAUUGUUAUAAGCGAAACAGAAUUUAUUAUUAAAAGGUUAACUAGAUUAAAAAAUUGGCCUGAUUGGGGGAAAACUGUCACAGGUAUGAGAAAGUAGAUCUGGACUCAUGUAUUUGCAUGCAAGUGAACCAAUCAGCAAUUGUAAAAGUAGGCCUUCAUUUGCAUAACGUUGCCUACAAAUUCGGUGGCGUAGCCGCCAUUUUAUUUUCUCUCAGAAGACACUGCAGUUAUAAUGCCGGAGCCAGCCAAGUCAGCACCGGUCCCUAAGAAGGGCUCUAAAAAGGCGGUGACCAAGGCUCAGAAGAAGGAUGGCAAGAAACGCAAGCGCAGCCGCAAGGAGAGCUACUCCGUGUACGUGUACAAGGUGCUGAAGCAGGUCCACCCGGACACCGGUAUCUCGUCCAAAGCCAUGGGAAUCAUGAAUUCGUUCGUGAAUGAUAUUUUCGAGCGCAUCGCUGGCGAGGCAUCGCGCCUGGCGCAUUACAACAAGCGUUCGACCAUCACAUCCAGGGAGAUCCAGACCGCCGUUCGCCUGCUAUUGCCCGGGGAGCUGGCCAAGCACGCCGUGUCUGAGGGCACCAAGGCUGUCACCAAGUACACCAGCUCCAAGUAGAUAUAUUUAUAGUAACUAUAAAACCCAAAGGCUCUUUUCAGAGCCACCUCAUGUUUUCACCAUCAGAGCUGCGUACUGGUGUGAAUACGAGGCGUUCCGUCAGUGUUUAGGAUAACAUGUAUUUAUCAAAGCACUACUUUCUACCAACGGUUCCGCUUACAAAGGUCCCCAGCAGCCUAACAACCUCGGCUGAAAUAAUCUAACCCCAAUUCUUGGAGCUCCAGGUUAUCUUAAAAUUUGUACAGGGUGCUCCGUCGGCUACUAUGGGCACUUUAUGAAUCUCUGAUCUUGGUUAUAUCUAAACCGUCACCCUGCCGAAUUCUAGAGGCAACAUUUAGGUUUGAAAAUCCCGCUCUAUAAAACCGAAACUUCGUAAGUAUGACGUUGCGGGUCUCCACCCGGGUUCUUUUGUGUAGCUCCAGGGCUUCCCUCCUAGCUCAGUCGGUAAAGAAUGUGCCUGCAAUGCAGAAGCCAUGGUGUUCGAUUCCUGGGUCGGGAAGAUCCCCUGGAGAAGGCAAUGGCAAUCCACUCCAGUAUUCUUGCCUGGAGAAUCCCGUGGACAAAGGAACUUGGCGGGCUACAGUCCAUGGGGUCUCAAGAGUCGGACACGACUGAGUGACUUUUACUACUACUACGACUAAUUCCUUUUACUCCCUCUCGCCUACCCCUGGCCCUUUGCCUAGGGCUUUCGAGCUCUGGCUAAGCAUAGAUUCUUUACAUGUUUGGUGGCUGCAACUCUCCAGUCAGGGAACAGUAGUUAUUUUUUUGUUUUGUUUUAUCUUCCUCCAGGAUUUUAGAGAGGCUCUCGUCAUUAGAUUUUUUUUUUUUUUUUUUUUAAGAAUACAAUCAUCCCAGUCUUCUGACUCGUUUUACAAACUAGACUAGCAAAGUUCACAGAAUUCUGUGUUCAGCCCACUCAGUCUUCACUCGUGCGGCCACAUACUGUGAAACCUGUCUCAACAAUCUCCAGUCCGUCCGGUCACUGCGAUCUUCCGAGCCUAUCCCCCUAUCCUGCUUCCAGUCCUCCCCGCGCUCAGUUCAGAAAACGCAGCCAUCCUAGUGACAAAGAAGAGGGGUCCUCAGGGCCGGCUCAGAACGCAAACAAGGAAAACUGUGGAUGUAAAGAUGCUUUUUAACGUUGUGAGCCGAACACCGAGGUUUGAAAGCCUACGGUUUAUGCUCAAGAGAAUAAAUCCCGAAAGAUAAAAGGCAGGGCACUUCCUCAUAUUUCAGGAAACUGCAAGUUAGAGGCGUCCUUUUGGAAGUUAGGAAUGAAGGGUUCGGUUAAGGGCACCUCACCCACACAUGGAAAUGCCAAAUCCACCCAAGAACUGCUAUUAUUGUCCUUUAGAAACAAUCCUAGGCGGCCUCCCUGGCCAGUCUAUCAGAGCCCCCUUUUAUUGUCUCAAAAAGGUAAAAAAAUAAGCACAAGGAUAAAAACCAGUUUAUUUUCAGGUUGCCAAAUUACAAUUGCUCUUGCACUGAUUCUGAUCACCUUGCUGUGAGUUUGAGGUGAUACUGAAAC